GGGUCGGUUGUAAACCUUCGGAAUUUUUUUAUAGGCCCGAUAUUGUGGUGUUGGCAUCUCUUCAUUAGCAUCUGGUUGCAAGAGAUAAGAGCUAGUUGUGUUCCGAUAGUCUGCUACUGGGAACCAGCCUAUAGCAGGAUGACGCACUGCUUGAGUAAGUUCUGUAUCUGCGGACAACACCCAACUGGCAUUAACCCUAGAUAGCUAGAGUUAGCUCUAGUUAUCCAAUGACAACUAGUGUCAGCUUUGUUAGCCCAGACGUAUCAAUGUUCUAUCUAAUAUCUCAGGAUCUAACCAUGUUUCUCCUUGCUUAUUGUCGUAUUGGCAACUUAGGGAUGGUUUGAGUUAAAUAGGAGAGCACAGCACUGCCAGGGUGAGGGGUACAAUUCCCACUAGAAGAGCAAGGCAUUAACAAGAUCUUCCAGGAGGAUGUGGAUCUGAGGAUGCUCAGAGUGCUGAUCGUAACCAUGGUGAUGUUUGGGGCGGGGCAGGCGUGCAAGGCGGGCCAGGAGAACUGUUCUGUGAACAACGAUGCCAAGGACUACUGCUACUCGGCCCGUAUUCGCAGCACGGUCCUGCAGGGCCUGCCCUUCGGGGGCGUGCCCACCGUCCUGGCGCUGGACUUCAUGUGCUUCCUGGUUCUCCUAUUUGUCUUCUCCAUCCUGCGGAAGGUUGCCUGGGACUAUGGACGGCUGGCCCUGGUCACUGACGCAGACAGAUGGAAGAAGCGUUUCAGCGAACUACACGAUCAGGGAUACCGGAGGAGAGACAGAGAUGACUAUGAGCCGAUGAAGAGUGUUGCCUCGGCGAUGCACUCGGAGACACCGGACCGCUACGAACGGCUCACCUCCGUCUCCAGCUCAGUAGACUUCGACCAGCGAGACAAUGGCUUCUGCUCCUGGCUGACGGCCAUCUUCAGAAUAAAGGACGAGGAGAUCCGGGAGAAGUGUGGGGAGGACGCGGUGCACUACCUGUCCUUCCAGCGCCACAUCAUCGGGCUGCUGGUGGUGGUGGGCGUGCUGUCGGUGGGAAUCGUACUACCGGUCAACUUCUCUGGAGACCUGCUGGAAAACAACGCCUACAGCUUUGGAAGGACCACGAUCGCCAACCUGAAGUCUGGGACCAACCUGCUGUGGCUCCACACGUCGUUCGCCUUCAUGUAUCUGCUGCUGACCGUCUACAGCAUGAGGAGACACACGUCCAAGAUGCACUACAAAGAGGAUGACCUGGUGAAACGCACUUUAUUUAUCAACGGGAUAUCCAAGUACGCAGAAGAGAGCCAGAUCAAGCAGCACUUUGAACAAGCGUAUGAGAACUGCACGGUUCUGGAGGCCCGGAUCUGCUACAACGUGGCCAAACUCAUGUCUCUCAAUGCUGAACGGAAGAAGACGGAGAGAAGUAAGAAGUUCUUCACAGACCUGAUGGCCAAGGAGCACAUGCCCACCAUGAUCAACCCCAAGCCCUGUGGACACCUGUGCUGCUGCGCCAUCACGGGCUGUGAGGAGGAGGAGGCGGUGAGCUACUACACCAAGAGGGAGUCCAAGCUGAAGGAGGAGUACAGGAAGGAGAAGGAGAAGGUCAACACCAAGCCUCUGGGCAUGGCCUUCGUCACGUUCCAGAACGAAGCCAUGACCGCCAUCAUCCUGAAGGACUUCAACGCGUGUCAGGUCCAGGGCUGCCACUGCCGCCAGGAGCCGCGCUCCUCCACCUCCAGCGAGAGCCUCCACGUGUACAACUGGAGCGUCAGCUACGCCCCGGACCCCCAGAACGUCCGCUGGGAACAUCUUUCUCUAGGGGGGAUCUCUUGGUGGAUCCGCUGCUUCAUCAUAAACUGCAUCCUCUUCCUCCUCCUCUUCUUCCUCACCACCCCCGCAAUAAUUAUCUCCACCAUGGACAAGUUCAACGUCACGAAACCAGUCGAGUACCUCAACAACCCCAUCGUGACCCAGUUCUUCCCCACCCUGCUCCUCUGGGCGUUCUCCGCCCUGCUCCCCACCAUCGUCUACUACUCCGCCUUCUUCGAAGCCCAUUGGACCAGGUCGGGGGAGAACAGAACCACCAUGCACAAGUGUUACACCUUCCUCAUCUUCAUGGUCCUUCUGCUGCCCUCCCUAGGGCUCAGCAGCCUGGAUGUGUUUUUCCGCUGGCUGUUUGAUAGGAAGUUCCUGGCCGAUGCCACCGUCAGGUUUGAGUGUGUGUUCCUGCCUGACAACGGGGCGUUCUUCGUGAACUACGUGAUUGCGUCAGCGUUCAUUGGUAACGCCAUGGACCUGCUGCGCAUACCGGGCCUCCUGAUGUACAUGAUCCGCCUUCUGAUGGCCCGCUCGGCCGCCGACCGCCGCAACGUCAAGAGACACCAGGCCUAUGAGUUUCAGUUUGGGGCAGCGUACGCCUGGAUGAUGAACGUCUUCACCGUGGUGAUGGCCUACAGCAUCACCUGCCCCAUCAUAGUCCCCUUCGGUCUCAUGUACAUGCUGCUGAAGCAUCUGGUGGACCGCUACAACAUGUACUACGCCUACCUGCCCUCCAAGCUGGACAAGAAGAUCCACUCCAGCGCCGUCACCCAGGUGGUGGCCGCGCCCAUCCUCUGCCUCUUCUGGCUGCUCUUCUUCUCCACCGUCCGCACAGGUUUCGUGACGCCCACCUCCAUGUUCACCCUGGUGGUCCUGAUCGUCACCAUCGUGGUCUGUCUGUCCCACGUUUGCUUCGGGCACUUCAAGUACCUCAGUGCCCACAACUACAAGAUCGACACGAAGGAGAGUGAAGUGGACGUGGUGGAGAACGGCCGUCCAGCGAGACCCACCUCGUCUCCAUCCAGUAAAGCUCAGCAGCAGAUGUACAUCGCCCACGUGCUGCAGGAGGAGGGAGGCGUGGGAGUUGCCGAGGAGGACCGCAGCUCCUCCCAGGAUGAGGAGCUGAUGAACGGGGGGAACAUCAACGAGGCCGACUUCCUGUCCGGGGAGGACAGCCUCAUCGCCAACGAGGCAACAACCGAUGUCUGAAACUCCCCAGACCUCCAUUUGGGAACAAAGCUGGGAGGUGAGGCUAGCACGUUCCCACUGGAAGAAUGUGACUACAGGACCUGGUCAUGGCGGCCUUCAUUCAUUCACCCGGCGGCCAUCUUGGUUCAAAGUGCUCUGGUACUCCUCUGUGAAUGAGACCCACAGGGUUUUAGUUCCCCUAGUAGAAUCAGAACACCUCUGGUUUCACCUUGUUUGCACUCUUAUUGUUGAAAAUGCUUACUCGAGUAUAGAAAAGCCUUUUUUAGAAGGGCUAUGUUCCACGUGUCCUCCCCUAUAACUGCAGAGCAGAUAGCAGAACUCUGUUGGCGGGAAUGCUAAGAGCUGGGGCUUACCCUCUCCCUAAACUAGUCUUUAACACCUUGAUCCACUUCUACACAAGAUCCAUCUUCACCCAAAGGUUUAGGAAUCCAGAAGUUUGAUCCUCUGGAGGUUUAGAGGUGAACCUCCAGAUGUUUAGAGAACAACCUCUGGAUGUUAAGAGGUGGAGCUCCAGAUGUUUAGAGGUGAACCUCCAGAUUUUUAGAGAACAACCUCUGGAUGUUAAGAGGUGGAGCUCCAGGUGUUCAGAGGUGAACCUCCAGAUGUUUAGAGGUGAACCUCCAGAUGUUCUAGAGGUGAACCUCCAGAUGUUCUAGAGGUGAACCUCCAGAUGUUCUAGAGGUGAACCUCCAGAUGUUCAGAGGUGAACCUCCAGAUGUUUAAAGGUGAACUUCCAGAUGGUGGAACCCUUAAUGUUUUGAGGAGAAACGCUGGGUCUUAGAGAACCAAUGACCUAGCUCGGCCCAUCAGCGGCGAUGUCAGAGUGUUAUCAAAGUAGUGAUGAGGUCGGUCAUGGAUGGGGGAGUGGUGUUGUUGGGCGGGUUUAUGUAAAUGAGCGGGGUGGGUUGUGAGCUGAUCUCGGGUUUGCCGUGGUAACUGCUGUUGCUUAGUUUGAGCCCUUUCUUGGCUUCUCCUGCUGUAGUUACCAUGGUAACACUUUCUCCUCCUGAAUGACUUGGCUACUGACGUAGUGGGGAUGGGAGCCCGGGUGGGGUUAUGUAAAUGAGUUACUUACACUGAACAAUGCAGAUGAGAUGCUAAAUGUGAACGGCUGGUUUUUCAGAUCAUUGCAAUAAAAACGCUUCUAGCAACUCAUUCUCUUAGAGCAGCCGCCCCAGUCAGUCUCAGGUGUGUUUACAUCACUUUGUCCUCAAGUCCGUCUGUAGCGUUUUGUCUUACGUGUGGCUGUUUGAUACGGAGCUAGACUAUGAAAGCUGUAGCCACGCCCCCCCACCACGGUCCAAUACGUGUAAUAAAGUGAAACUACGUUGGGGAGCGCUGGGAAACUGCUUCUGAGAAGCCUCCCUCCCGCAGAGCGUGGCUACACGCUGGAGGAUGGAGCGCUCCUGUGUCAAACCUUUUCUAUUCCACGUCGUCUGAAACCGCCUUGGCACACCGGUGCUGGUCUGGACCGGUCUAGUCUAGUCGCUGGGUGGUUGGUUAGAGGGUGUGGUCCGACUACUGGGCGGGCGGUACUAUAUAUAUUGGUGGGUUGCCCCCUGGAGGCGUAACGCGGUACUGCGUGAAGGGGCGUGGACAUAUUUUGUAAAGCUAUGUUGAACAGUGUUUGAUACCGAACAUGUGUUGAUGAAAUGUUGAUAGCUGUUGUAACAUGUAAUAUACUGACCGGUUUCUCUUAGUCCUUUUUUUUAUUGUCGCUUAAGAUAUUUAAUUUAUGAACAGAAUGUGAACUUAAAGAUGAAUUAGUGUGAAACAUAAUGGGAUAGGGAACUAUUGGCUUAAAGCUUGGGGUUGGAUGUGAAUAAAACACCAUGUAUAUACAGCCAUCAGACUGCACUGUUGCUCAUACUAACAUGUCCUAGAGAUGUAGUCCAUGUCUCCAACACUGGGGGCGCUGUGUAUGAAUAUAGCGCCACCCUAACCCUUUGGCUUUCUACUCCACAGUCUGAGACUAACCCUUACCAUGACCCCUGACCUUAACCCUGAUCCCAACCCUGUCCCUACCCUGAUCCCUGACCCUGAACCCUGACUUUAACCAUGACCCAAACCCUGACCCCUGACACCGACCCUGAACCCUGACCUAAAUCUACAUCCUGUUCAUUAUUGACUCGAUCCUUUAGGGAGCACAGCGACACAUCAUCAACGUUUUCUUGAUCAAUAAAGUUGGCGCUCAUCCUUCAAAAUGUUA